AUGCCCACCAAAUCUGAAAUCUCACUGUCUCCGCCCCCUCCCCAUCCCCUCCACCAAGAUCGCACCAACCACCCCGAUGGCCGCCGCCGCGCCGCCGCACGCCACGGCGCUCCUGUCGCCCUCGCCCUCGCCCUGCUCGCGCUCGCGCUCACGCCCCUGACGGCGGCCGAGAUUUGGUGGAUGGCGAUCCGGACUGACCCGCGCACUAUCAUCCCGCUCGACGAGUUCGGCUUCUCCAACCAGAGCGUGUUGGAGCUCAACGACAUGUGCGACCCCACCCCCGAGCCCGACAAGCUCGACGAGGACGUCGUCGAGUCCGACCUCGACCUGGACGAGGACGGCAUCGUCCACCCCGACCACGACGACGCGCCUCAGAAGGUCGGGUUACCCAAUGUUGGCAAAUCAACUUUCUUUAACAUAGUAACAAAGGUGGGCUCCCGUGCCGGCGACUCCAGGCUCGUGGUGAAGAAGAGAAAGGCCGAGAAGGACCCCAACAAGCCCAAGCGCCCCCGAGUGCCUUCUUCAUCUUCAUGUGAGUCCAAGUCUUGGUUCCUGGUUCUAUUCAUGUUGCUUCUGUGGAACAACUUCAGGAAGGAGUACAAGGAGAAGCACCCUGACGUAAAGCAGGUCUCCAUGAUUGCCAAGGCCGGUGGUGAGGAGUGGAAGUCCAUGAGUGAUGCUCUAGAGAACGAAAAGCAUGGUGCUCUACUCUUGCUCACAUCUAGCACCGUCUCAGGCGCGGUGGUGCUUCUUGAGGCGACCGGCGUGACGCCGGCUGUGUACAGCGGCGACCACAAGCUCUUCGUUAAUAGUAUUUGGCUUCUUUGUGAUGGUCUGGGACUAUUUUACGGUCAUGUGGAUAUACUUUCUGAUUUAAAGUUACUAAUCUGUGGUCUGGUGUCAUAUUAUGGUCUAAUAUUUUUUGUUUUGACUCUUUCUCUCGUGCGAGGAAAGUUGUGA